CGGGGCGCUGUUGCCAUGGUUGCCGAGGGGUGGGCUUGAGGCCUACGUCGGGAAGCGUGCACUUAAAAAGAAACGAAAAAGAACGGGGUCUCCUCCACGUGGAGUUGGGGCUCUGUGCCCGAGAAGAAGAAGAGCCUGAGGAGAAGACAAUUAUACAUACCCAUAUAAUUGUCCAGCGGGAUGACCCAGGCCGAAAUCAAGCUUUCUUCUCUUCUGCUAUGUGAACAUUUUGGUGAAAUUGUGGAAAAGGUUGGAACGCAGCUCAUCCGUAUGGGGGGACAGACAUUAUGGAUGAUUGCCCACAACACAGGCAUGUCGCUUGACCAGGUCCGGAAGGCUCUCUGUGUCCUCAUCCAACACAACUUGGUGAUGUUCCAGCAGCAGAAGCGAGGCCUGGUAGAGUAUGAAGCCCAAUCCAGCCGAGUGCUGCGGAUCCUCCGCUAUCCCCGCUACAUCUAUACAGCCAAGACUCUCUACAGCGACACAGGUGAACUGAUUGUGGAGGAGUUGCUACUCAAUGGUAAAAUGACAAUGAGUGCCGUGGUGAAGAAGGUGGCUGACCGACUGACAGAGACAAUGGAAGAUGGCAAAACAAUGGAUUACAGUGAAGUCUCCACCACCUUUACAUGCCUGGCAGACACACAUUUUGUUCAGAGAUGCCCUUUACCUCCCGAAGGUUCUGAGUCUAUGGAAACUCUGCCUUCUCCCGCACCCACAUUGGUCUUUAAUGAGAAGGACACGUAUGCUGUUCCAAAGCUGAACCUUACAGGAAAGGGAAAGCGGAAGCAUUCAGACAGCUCCAAGGAGGACAGUGAACAAGCAGGAAAGCGCUCAAAGCAAGACACAGAAAGCAAAGAGCCUCCUCCAGACAGUGGAAUCUACUGGCAAGUCAACAUUGACCGUUUCCACCAGCACUUCCGGGAUCAAGCGAUUGUCGGUGCUGUGGCCAACAGAAUGGACCAGACCAGUAGCGAAAUUGUCCGGACAAUGUUGCGAAUGAGUGAAGUCACAACCUCUUCUAAUGCCCCCUACACCCAGCCCCUCUCUUCCAACGAGAUAUUCCGAUUACUUCCGACUGGUUAUAACAUCUCCAAGCAGAUUCUUGAUCAGUACCUAACCUUACUGGCAGAUGACCCACUUGAGUUUGUUGGGAAAUCAGGCGACGGCGGUGGAGGGAUGUACGUGAUCAAUCUUCAUAAGGCCCUGGCCUCUCUUGCCACAGCAACGCUUGAAUCUAUCGUGCAGGAAAGAUUUGGCUCCCGCUGUGCCCGCAUCUUCCGACUUUUAUUAAGAAAGAGGCACCUGGAACAGAAGCAGAUAGAAGACUUUGCCAUGAUUCCAGCCAAAGAAGCGAAAGAAAUGAUGUACAAAAUGUUGUCGGCCAAUAUUGUAGCCCUGCAGGAGAUCCCCAAAACACCGGAUCACGCACCUUCCCGGACUUUCUACUUGUACACAGUCAAUACUCUCUCGUCUGCCCGGAUGCUGCUCCAGCGCUGCUACAAGUGCGUGGCCAACCUGAUAGAACGGCGACUCCAUGAGACCAAGGAGAACCGGCGCCUGCUGGAGAAGAGCCAGCGGGUAGAAGCCAUCCUUGCCUCGGUCCAGGCCACGGGGGCCGAGGAGGCGCAGCUGCAGGAGAUUGAGGAGAUGAUCACGGCCCCUGAGCGGCAGCAGCUGGAGACCCUCAAGCACAACGUCAACAAGAUUGAUGCUAGUGAAAAUCAAGUGGAUGAAACCAUCUUUAUUUUGGAAUCAUACAUCAACAGCACCAUCAGGCACUGACCCUCCUGCUGGAGCUCAAAAAAUGCUAUCUUCAUCUUCUAAUUUUUAAAGUCUGAUUUGUUCUGUUUUCAUAAAAAGAAUCGUUGCCUUGA